AGCAGCAGAGGAAGCUCCGGUGCGCCUCGUAUGUUUUCCUUGCGGUUCCCUGAGUUGAUUUUUUACGGCGGAUGCACGCGGCUAUCACAACAUCAGAGCUGUUUGAGAGCGUGCGGAAAGUUCACCUCCGAUUCCUCGCGUGUGUGUGUGUGUGUGUGUGUGUGUGUGCCUGUGUGAGUUUGUGUGUGUGCUCAGCCUGUCUAAUAGAGUGACCCCCCAGCACGCCGUUUAAAGGGAAGACAAGAGAGCUGAGUCAACGAAACGCAAGGAGAAGGAUGCAACAGUUGAUGUGCGCGAGUAGCACAGUUUUCUGCUGUUUGGAGACGGCGCGCGCACACGGAGGAUGGUGGCUUUGAUGUGUGUGGAGGAAUGAGCGGAUGUUUUGUUGAUUGAAAACCCUCAUCUGUCAGCUUAAAUCAAUCAUAAAGAUCGGCGCGUCCUUAAAAAAGCAGCUGUCCGCUUCUUUUGUGCCAAAAUGGACAUUUGGACAGAGACGCAUUUGGAGAGACUUCACGCGCUGCUGGAAUGGAGUUGAAGCGGGGCUCUCGGAUGGUUUGCGGCGGCGGUGAGGAGUAGCAGCAGCAGCAGUGCAGUCUGCAGCAACAUGCAUCGGAUUCUGCAGAGGAGGCGAGUGCGCAAGCUGCGGGUCGUCUGGGCGUCUCUGGCCCUGGUGGCGCUGUCUCUGGCCGCGUGCAGCGCGCUGUUUACGGCGUGGACUUGGCGGCAAACGCGGGACCUGUCGCAGUCCUUCAAAGUCCUGCAGGACCGACUGGAGCAGGUCAACACGCAAAGGAAAGCCAUCGUGCAGCUCAUUCUGGAGAAACGAGAGCUGCUCGUGGGCCAGAGAGUGAAAAGAGACGGGGGGACGGUGCGAGGGAGGAGUGGAAGUGGAAAGAAAGCGGCGUCUCAUUUUGAGAUUACCAAAGUCUCCUCUCAGCAAGUUGGAGAGGGUGGUGUGAUAAAAGGUUGGGAGGAGAGGACACUGAAUAUGACUAAAGCAGUGAGGUACAACAAGGAACAAGGCAUCUUUACUGUGGAGAAAGCUGGCGUCUACUUCCUGUUUUGCCAGGUGUUGUUCAAUGAGCAGCAGUCUCAGUAUGUGAAGCUGGAUGUGGUGACCAGUGGACAGAGGCCUCAAAAGCUACAGUGCAUGGAGGGAUAUGGGACGACCCCCUCCGCUGGGCCGCACCCUUUCCACUUCCUGAAGCCCUGCCAGGUGUCCGGCCUGCUGCGGCUUGACAGAGGAACUGAGCUGCAGGCCAUCACGGGCUCGUCCUUCAGGCUCCACACUGUGGGCAACCCUUCAGCCUCGCCUCACAUCUUCAGCAUCUUUAAAGUCAACUGAAGCUUUGAGUCUCAUCCGGGAACCCCAAAAAAAAUCACUUUUACGCGGAUGACAUUCUUUUCUAUGUGGUGAAACAGUCAUAAGCAAUGGGGACAUAAAAACGAACCACAGCCUCUUCCCAAAGACGUUAAUUUGAAAGACAGACCCGACAUUUGUGGAAGUUGUUGUGGAAUCUUUUUGCUCUGGACAGCUGUGCUGUUUUGGAAUGCAAAAAACAGACUUUUGGAUUAAAACCAAGACACAAAAUGGACAAAAUUCCUCAAUGAAUGUCUGCAGAGGGAAAAGAUAAUGGAUGGAAUCUGCUCUAUACAUAAAAGAUUUCUUAUAAAAAGGAAAAAAGUUUUCUUAUUAAGUCAUAAAAAGUGCUUACACUCUCUCUGUAUGACUGACAGUAAAGUUGCACCUUCCACUUUUUUGUCAGCGCAGCCUCAAGAAGCUGAGAGCACAUCUGCAAGAGUCAGACUCUAACAUUUUAAACAGCCUUCACGAGUGGUCAGUGAUAUUUUAUACAGUCCAGCGUCUGCGUGUUUGUGAAACCUUAUGAAUCAAGCGUUUUUGUAUACUGAUUUUAACAACUGCAAUACAUCAAGUGUGAAAUUACAAGCCUUUUCUUUAGAUACUUAUGUGUAUAUCAAGUCAAGAGCAAAGAGUGGGACAUUUUAAAAACAUGGAUGUGAAUUUGUGCUCUUUUCUAAGGUCAGAUUUGAUUGUAAGGUAUUAUUUUGUAUAGUUUUGGCUUCACUGAUGGUGAGUUUUUUAUAGUAAGUGGAGUGUACAGUUUUAAAUAUAGCUUUGUGUCUCUUUUGCCUUUGUUACUUGUUUCAAGCCACGAUAAUCAUCACUAACAAAAGAUUUCUGAAUCAUCAGAAAAUGUUUAAAACUGCCCUUUAAAUGACAUCAAAAUCAAGGUGACAAUACUAGUUUAAGGACCCUUGUUCUGGAGCCAAUAUGAGUUAAAUUAUAAAUUAAGUUUAAUAAUAUGAGUUUAAAUUAACUAAUAAUCUUAUUAAUGCUAGCUGCUCUCUGUGGCUGCAAUAAGCCAGUGAUGUGAGCAAGCUAGCUAUUCAUAAAGCUAACAAGUUCAUUUUUAGGAUUAAGACAUUGUUAGCCAUGCUAACAGUUUACAGCCAUGCUAGAAGUUCACUGAGGUUGCAUUGUAGCAGCUGCUUACGGUUUAAUUCUGAUAGCAGCAAGCUAGCAUGAUCACAAGGCUAGAAUGGUCAUUUAGCAUUUAAACUGUUAUCCAGAUUGGUGCCAACAGUUUACAAAAUGCUAACUCUCUAAUUUAUCGUAUUGCCCAGCUAAUGUUUGAGCAAAAAAAUGCCAAUGCCUGCAAGAUGGCAUUAUCACAAAAACAUGAUUUUGGCUGAAGGUUGUUGACCAAGUUCACUACCAUGUUAACUCCUGUAUUUUAGUGCAAAAUGCUAAUGCUAACAAGCUAGCUGUAUCAAAAAAUUAUGUGUAUGUAGUAAUAUCCAGUAAGCUGUUAACAAAGUUAACCAGGCUAACUUCAAAACUAUGCUAACUCAACGAUACACAUUACCAUAUGCUGUAUGGAAAUGUUCUGCAUUUUUUACAGUUUAUUUAAAACAACAACAAAAAAAAGUACUCUUUGACUAUUGAUUUAUUGACAAAGACGCAAUCUUUGGUAGGCCUUGCAGAUGAUUUGUUCAUUGAGUUAAAAAAUGACAAAAGCUACAGUUAAAAUGUUGACAUUUGUGUGUUCAAAGUCUAACUGGAAAGCUACAAUCCUUGUAAUUCUAACCAUUUAAAGAGCCAAUGAACACAAGAGCCCUAAUCUACGAAUCCAUCAAUGUUCCUGCUGAAUCAGAAAAGGUUCCUCAUAAUCCAAACACUACUAAAUAUUUGAUUUCAAGCAAAUCAUAUCCAUAUACAGUAGAUGUAAGGCCUAUUCGUCUCUAGGUUGUUUAAAUUGAUGUAGUGCUCCCUCUUGUUGGUAGUCCUGAGCAGGCACAGUUGGCAAUCAUAUUAUGACCUUUAUCCUUCCCUUGUCAAGGAAACAACGUACUGGUCCAGGUGGCACCAGCCCAUCCUGGGAUGGUAUGGCAUCACUGGGAAUUCAGGACACAAAAAUGAUGGUAAGAGAAGCCAAAUUUAGCAGAAGUUAAAGGUUAUGACUGCUGUUUUUCAAAUUAAUGUUGUGUGCCAAAGCUAGCAUAUUCACAGAGUUAACUUUAGAAUUAGUGGUAAAUAUGAAACAGUAUAAAAAACCAGGUCUGCCAUCAUGUCUCUUCAGAGAUAAAGGAACCGAUGAGAUUAGCUGACUUUUGUUUGCGGUUACUGGCAGCUGGUGGGAGUGACUUCAGGUAACAAAAAUGAUGUUGAACACCAAAUUUAACAUAAGUAAAAGGUUGUUCUUAACAAUCAUUUUAAUUGAUAAUAUCUGCAUUCGAAAUUCACAAAAACACAUGAACCAGUACAGAAUGAUGUCCACACAAGGCAGUUUAAUGUAUGUGUGCCAAAGCUAGCAUAAAGAGAGCUAACAGAGGCAUUAAGCAUCUAAAAUGUUUCGCCAGGUUAAACAGUGUAACAGUUAUCAACCACCCUAACUCUUUGAACCUGUAAUGUAGCCCAGUGCUGCCUUAGCUAGAUGCUAGUUUCAAAAUGCUAACAGAGAAUUUAGCAGGCAAACUGUUAACAAAGUUAAACUUACAACCACGCUUACGCUUUGGACCAGUGCUGCCUUGGCUAUGUUCUAAUUUCAAAAAGCAAACAGAGUAUUUAGCAGAUAAACUCAAGAAGGUUUAACUGUCUGUCAAAUAGCAACCACAUUAAGUCCUUGUACCAGUGCUGCCUUGGCUAAAUGCUAAUUCCAAAAAAGCUAACACAGGGAGUUAGCAGAUAAACCGUUAACGAGGUUAAACCGUUUUACAACCACCCUCACUCCUUGAACCAGUGCUGCCUUGGCUACAUGCAAAAAGCUAACUUUGUGACUUAGCAGAUAAACUGUUAACAAGGAUUUACUGUCAAACAAGCACACUAACUCAUUGAACCAGUGCUGCCUUGGCUACAUGCUUACUCCAAAAAGCUAACUUUGUGACUUAGCAGAUAAACUGUUAACCAGGUUAAACAAUUCAACAAGUGGUAACCAUGGUAACUCUGAACCUUCAAUGUAGCCCAGUGUUGUCAGCGCUAAAUCUUAAUGUAAAAAAGCUGACAUGGUCAUUUAGCAGGUAAACUGUUCACCAGGUUCUUUAUUUUAAAAAACUUUUUGGCUACUUACCCACAAAGAGUACAACCAAAGUUAAUGAGACGUCAAAGAUGUAAGGAUUUGCCAACUUUAUUUAUUUUAAGUCUGGAACAAAGUGGUGAACUCACCAUACAUAGAGGCACUUUGUUAGCUUAGCUCAUAACAACAAAGGGAAUAUAAAGAAAAAAAUACAUGAAAAACGAUUUCUAAUAACGCAGACAAAGCCACCCUGCACUUGUAGUUCUGCCAGUAUCUCUAUUAUUUAUAUCAUUGGAUUAGAUCUUGUAUUAAAACUGUUUUUUUUCCCUUUUUCAGUAAAUUUUUGUGUGUUUUGCUGCUGCUUUCUGUAAUAUUCCUCGCUACAAUGCAAACAGUGUGUAUUUCUAGCAGUGGGUUCAGCACGCCCACUCUUGUUUAUAAGUAGUUUUUGUGGACGGACCACAUUGGUUUCUCCUCAGCACUUUACUGCAGCGAACGUUGUGUUUUUAAUUGGAGCCAAACGUCCAUGUUUUGAAAUGGAAAAAAAAUGUCUGAUUUUGAAGUGUAGACGUUAUAUCCUGUUUGAUUUCCUCAUCAUUUCCCUCUUCCCUUUUUUGUGCCUUACUCGCCCACACACCAACCCCACACCCCCAUGUACCUCAAAUUUCCCUGUCAGCACCGAUCAGACCGCACACACAUACACACACUUAAUCCCCUGAGUGUCCUCUGCAUACACAGACGCACACACCAGCAGCCAUCUAAAUUUUCACUUCCUGAAUCUGAACCUGAACCACAUAGCUGAAGGCCUUUGAGGAAAAACAUGCCUCGCUCUCCACACACACUUAUGCAUACACAGUCUUGCACACUUCCCUGCCCUGAUUUCUAUUUUUGUAAAUGUCAAAGUUUAUGGAAAUUCGUGAGAAAUAUUGUGAAGUGGUUCUCCUAAAAAUGAUGAUGUAUGCAAUGCCUGGACUUUUUUUGAUAUUUUCCUAUCUUCUCAACCUGCUCUUCUUAAUGUU